GACACAUCUAAUAUCACAUGACAAAACAACAACAACAACAACAACAACAAAAAACAGUGAAAAUUUAAAAAUCUGUCAUAAAUAGAAUUGAAGGAAGAAACUAAUAAGUGUAAAAAACCAAAAAAAUAAAUAAAAAUGGAGUUCUUCUGUUUCCUAGUAGAUCAAAAGAGGGAGAUGCAAAGCCAGAGACCGGUGGCGGGGUUGUGUUCCCGGUGUGGCGCGGCCGCUAGAGUGGCGGACAUGAAGACGGCCACCAGAUUUUGUUUCGUCCCGUUUUAUUUCAAGUAUUGGAAAGCUAUCAUUUGUACUUUUUGUGGUGCCACUCUGAAAUCCUAUGGUAACUAAUUAAUUCCAUUAUGUUUUUCAUGCAUUUCUUAUAAUAUCUUAACUAGUGUGUGGCUCGGGCGAUGUCUCGGUUGCUAUAUUGAAUAACUAAAGUUUUAGAUUUUUCUUGAGCUCAA